UCUGGUGUAGCCUUUCCUGCAGGAAUGUAACAUAUCAGAUCGAUCUAAAGUGUAACUGAAGAGAUUCAGCGUUCCUCUCGGACCGCAAGAAGACAUCAUGCCGACACUUUGCUAAAUUUUGAUGUGAUGACUGUGAUUGGUUAUAAUGGCUGAAGGAACAUUAUUGUUGAAAUGAAAGCUGCUGCUACUUGCCUCCGCAGAAGCACCUUGGUUUUUUUUUUAAGUCUAAUUUAGUGGAAUCCUUUGUGUUGGUCGUCCUCCGCUACUGGAGCAUAACUUUGCUGAAUUAAGCUAUUGUUUAAACUGAGAGUUCUGUCCUGCUGCAGACAUUCAGCUCCUUCUGCACCCCCUGCAACCCCAAAACCAAGCAAGACCACCCCCUCCAUCCCUCCCUCUCUUCCUCCCUGGUCCCUUCAUCUCUCCCUACUUAUCCUCCUAGACACCACCUCUUUUAUCCUUAUGGUCGUGAAGCUGAAGUGUGUGUAUGUGUCUGUAAAUCUGUGCAUGCCUCUCCAAGCAUGUGAAGCUGUAUCUCUAAGCCUGGAUUAGAAAUCUAGAGGGUAGCGAGCAGCUGGUUAUGUCUUUUCCGAAUUAAUGCCUGACCAGGACAAUUUGUUCUUGAGCAUCGUUCAGAUUUUCAGCAGUUUGCUUGAACCACUCUGUAUGUGGCACCCGAGGGAAAGGAGAGAUCUUAAGCACCACUUCUUUUGAGACUAGCCAUGUUGGGAGUGUGAGGCUCGGGAGUCAGGAGGAGGGGGUGAGCGGUCAUGAAGAAAACACGCAGCACCACUCUACGCAGGGCCUGGCCUAGUUCAGACUUCUCUGACAGGGCCUCGGAACGCACCCGGUCCCGCAGCGAGAAGGACUACCGACUCUAUAAGCACUACCCUAAGCCCUUCAUUACCCACUUAGUUUCCCAUUCGCCCCGGAUAUACAUGCCUACAGGUGAUGUGUCUCCGAUCAGCAUGUCUCCUAUCAGUCAGUCCCAGUUCAUCCCGCUGGGGGACAUCCUGUGCCUGGCCAUCUCGGCCAUGAACUCUGCACGCAAGACCGUCACACAGGAAACCCUCAUCGAGCAUCUCUCUACAUGCUUCCCAGGAGUCCCAACUCCAAGCCUUGAGGUCCUGCGACAUACCCUCAACAUGCUGGUCCGGGAGCGCAAGAUUUAUCCAACCCCAGAGGGCUAUUUCAUUGUUACCCCACAGACAUACUUCAUAACACCCUCCCUCAUUCACACCAAUAGCAAGUGGUAUCAUCUGGAUGAGAGGAUACCAGGGGGUAUGCAGCCAUGUUCUUCUCCUCCCUCUAGCACUAUGACACCCUCUGCCUCAGGUUGUGUCAGGGAACGAUCACACCAUAAGAACCAUAUUGACCCCUACAGCGAUGGCUAUCGGGAGGAUAUGCCCAAUACGCACAACUCCACAUUGCAGAGAAGGUCUAAGGAGCACAAGGAGCCACAACAUCCAGUGUCUCCUCCUCCUCACCAGUCCUCAGAAAAGAACAAAAGUGCACUCAGCUUUGCUUUCAAGACAGAAGGUAGCAACAACAGGCAAAGGGAUGGGAGUAGCAGCGGAGGUGGCAGUGAGAAGCAAUCAAAGAAGUUUGGCCUGAAGCUUUUCCGGCUGAGCUUCAAGAAGGACAAGUCGAAGCAUCUUGCAACAUUUUCUGCCCAGUUUCCUCCUGAGGAGUGGCCUUUAAGGGAUGAGGAGACACCUAGCACUGUCCCACGAGAUGUAGAGAUGGAGAUUAUUCGACGCAUCAACCCAGACCUGACGGUUGAGAAUCUGGCCCGGCAUACAGCCGUGAUGAAGAGGCUAGAGGAGGAGAAGGCUCAGAGAAGCAAAGCUAACUCAUCGGCUCAACAGAGCACUCGCAGCAAACGCAGCCGCAGUCAUCGCAAGGCCCAACAGGGCAAAUCCUCACGAUCCCACAGCAAAACACGUGCCUCUAGAGGGGAACGCUCUGAAGGCUCCAAUCUGGAUAUAUCUUAUGACCGGGACUACAGGUUCUACAGCUCCUCUCUGGUGCGUUCUCCAAGAGAGACUAUGAUGUCCAUGGAGAGGAACAGGGGAAAAUACAUGGUGCAUAGCAACCCAAACAUUGUGGAGUCACACUUCACUACAGCACCGGAGUGGGAUGUAUCAGGAGAGCUUGCCAAGAGAAGGACAGAGAUGCCCUUUCCGGAACCAUCCAGGGCACAGUCACAUUCCAAAGUCCAUCGCAGCCACAGCCACACCCAGGAACGGAAAUCUCGGAAUGAAAGGUCAGACAAGGCUAAAGAGAGGUCACGCUCCAUGGACAAUUCCAAGGGCCCUCUAGGAGGACCAUUCUUGGGCACUGUUGAUGAUUUUGAGUGCAGUCCAGAUGAUCGUAAUCGGUAUUACACAGAUGAUGGGACUUUGAGGGCAUCUGCCAAGAAGAGCCACUACUCUCGUGCUAUGCACUCUGCUGCUAGGUUAAACUCUGACAUUUGUGUGCCUGAUGUUGGGAGGGGAGCCCCUGAGGAUGCCAUGCACUGUAGAACGCUGGAGAAGAGUAAAAGCAAAGACUGUUUAACGGCCUUUACUGAGCUUAAGGCCUGCUCCCUAAAAACACCCGUGGAUGACUAUUUCCAGCAUACAGCGGUGAGUGAGGCAUCCUACUCUGCUCCGUCAUCUCUGGUAAAAUCCAGCCAUGAAUUUACAGAUGGCGUUUGGAAAGGGAUUCCUUCUGAACGUACAGCUCCAAUUCUGACCUCACCUCACCCUGUAGAGUAUAAUGAUGAUUCCACAUUGGGACAGAACAGUAUAGCAUUAUCUGCGUCAAACCAGAUGCCAGAGCCUUUGCCCAAUGGACGCUUGAUGCACCAGCACAACAGUGACUCAGGUGACUUGGACAAAAUGGCAGAGGUUUACAACCAAGAGACUUUGUUUAAACCUGUGGACUAUGUGGAAAGCAGUUUCUCCAGGCCAGGUACGAUGCGCAAAUCUCCACACUCAAAGUCCGUGGAAGUCCUGGAGAACCAGGAACACUUCGAGGAUCCUCUUCCAUUGUCUGUACCAUCAUCCUCUGCUCAAGAGCAUCAGGCAUCGUGCAUGGAAACUUCUUUUGACUACUACAACGUAUCAGACGACGAAUCUGAGGACACCAGCCAUAAGAACAAAGUGGAGGAGAAAGUUCUGGAAGGUGGUGGGACGAUGAAGUGGCUUCUGGAUCGGGAGAAGGAGCGAGAUCUCCAGCGCAAGUUUGAAAAGAACCUCACCUUUCUCAGUCCCAAAGAAGGCGAGAGCAGCAACAGCCAGAAGUCGGCCCACUCCACACGUCUGGACAGCAUGGACUCCAGCAGUGUGACUGUGGACAGUGGAUUUAAUUCCCCACGCACUCGCGAGAGCCUCGCUUCCAACACGUCAAGCAAUGUGGACAAUAAUCGGCGGCACAACAUGGCUCUGAGUCCCAGGCACAUGGGCACCAAGAGACCUCCGCCUCCGUACCACGUCCCCUCUUUCCGGCCCGUUCCCGAGCCUCCUGCCGCUCGUCCAGAGAAACAGGCCUCUAUUACCAGCGUGUAGACGAGGAACUGGAGCACGGAGGAAAAAAACGACUCAUUAAAUGCACUGAAGCAGUGUCCAAUGAAUUAAAAACACUACACACACACUCACACACAUUAAAACUUUAUUUUAGGUACCUUGGGAUUGGUUUAAAAAACUCACAUACGCUCUUCAUAAGCCAGACUGAUGCUGUUUGUUGUACGAAACUGCUCUCAUUAUUUAAUUUAAAUCUAUUGAUCUAAGGAGCUACGGGUCUCCGUAACCUUUCAGAUUUGCAUCUGACUACUUGUUCUCUACCGGGUUCAGUGUUGGUUCUCUACUCUCAGGUCAAUCAUAUUUCCACAUCUUGUUCUGUGCAGAGGGAGAUCUUUCCAGAUGUUUCUGUGCACCUGCUCUAGAGACCGGUUUUCUCAGCGCCAUUCACAAUCCGGAUCCCUUUCCGACGCCUUGGUCAACUAUUGGCUUUACAAAAACGCCUUGUGUUUAUAGCUGAAUUGUGAUCAUUUGGGGGAAAACAAAAGGAAUAUUUUCAUACAUACACAUCCAGGAGAAAAAAAAAACAUAAAUUCAUAUGAAUUUUGAUACAACAGGUGCUAUUCGUUUCUUGGCUCUGUAGCUUGGACAGGACAGAAAUAUAGAUCCUCCCCAUCAGCUGUUUUUCUGGUCAAUUUUCUAUUUAAAUCCCGGUGCUCUGAACUACAGAACAAGACGACAGAAGAAAAAUAAAAACCACACACACACACACACACACACACACACACACACACACACACACACACACAGCUACCUCCACACUUGUACAAUGGCUAACAGUGACACGGUUACAACAGUGACUGAGCUAUGUGCGCUUUCUGAGCCAAGACAGAUGGUGAAGGUGCUAAUGCUACAAGUGCUAGAAAUCGAAUUUACAAUUGUGUGUGAUCAAAGGCUUGAAUGCAAAACUCCUUAAUCAUCUACUUUGUAUAGCUACACAACUCCCUUUAUCUUACAUUCCUGUUUCAUUUGACACAAUUUCUUUUCUCCGGCUUGUACGCUUUUCCUCAGCUUACCCCAAUUCAUCCGUUCAGUCGAGACUUGUUUGGUGUCUUAACGCUUGCUUUUAGGUAUUACACUCCAGGCUAAAGUAGCUAAUGGUGUCGAGUUGUUCAGGAUUUCAUGUCAAACGUGGUUUCUGACACUGUAUGACACACUGUCAGCUAUACAAAUGGACAAAAGUAGGAAAGCAAGGAGCUAAAGACAGACUCUGCAGCCAUUUUCUUCCUUAGCACUUCGUCUCAGAUAGUAAACUUGUACGUAAGAGGAACA